AUGCAUGCCGACGACAUUGAUGACGGAUUCAAGACUGAUAGUGAAGACGAUGCUGCAUCAAGGCUAUCCCUGAAGCUUGACACCGAUUACUGGGAUGAGUCCAUCCCAUUUGAUCCCAACGCAUUCGGAUCCCCGACCUUGGCUCAUUUCGAUCCAAUGUCACCCCAGUACCAAGGUACCCGACGUACACCUCCAACACCACAGACAGCUUCCGUGAACCCCCAGCUAGUGACUACGACUACUACCGAACCCUCACCCGCUGGAACUGAUGCCAUCCGUACUCACAUGAACCCCCCAUUUCACCAAGUACAAGUCCCUGUUCCCAUGAAGCAGCGACUCUCGGUGCAACUCGACACCGCCGCCGAUGCGACCACCAUCCUCAGUGAUCACGACGCAUAUCCCUCCGGUGAUGAGCAGCGAUUCCAUACUGAUGAUGAACGUUCCCUGGAGCCCACAAUGCCUUCAAACCUGAAGUCUCCACCUCCUGUACAGCCGUCUGCCGACAAUGACGACGGACCCGACACCGAGGAAUUUCUCAGCGACCACGAAUACGAUGACGAAUACACCGAAAGUGAUGUCCCCGCUCUGACACCCCGCGCGUCUCGUCUCUACUCUGCCACGGACGAUGAUGAUGAUGCCUUUGAUACUGCAAUUCACAGCAACCGUACUAUCCUCCAAGAAGCGCUGGCUGAACAGGCAGCAUUGAACCUCCGCGCGCAAUCUGUCAACACUACUGAUUCCGCUCAUGACAUUUCUCCAGACAAGCCUGCUGCGAAAUCUCCGACAGAAGUCCAGACAUUGACGGUUGCCUCGGUCAACUCCUUUGAGACCCAGGCCGACACAUCUCCUGUCGAGCUAUCCAGCUCUCCUCCCGCGACUCCCAAGAUUGCGAAUAUGCAACCGGAUGCCGCUGACGACGACUUCAAUCUCGCCUACAUGAUCCCCGACACUAGUGCAACGCCUUCUCUUGUUACUCGUGCCAUGCCAGGAUCAUCCAUGACACAACGCACGACUCACCGGCGUCCUAACCUCCAUGUUGACCCCAACAUCGUUGCGGAUACCAAAGGCGAGAUUCCCCAACCAUCAUGGAACAAAGUCACCUCCAAGAAGAAAGGGAACAAGAAGACGCGGAAGAAGAAGAAGAAGAAGAAAGCUACCUGCCCUUCUACCAGUAACAUCUGUACUGAACUGUGCUCUCCCAGCAAUAAGAAAUCUGACUCUUCCUCCUCUUCUCCCUCCUCUUCCCCCCUCUUCCGAGAAUUCCAACUCCAAACCCUCUCCUACACAGGGUUUUGCCUAGGCCGGGCCCGUACUCCUCGUACGGCUCUGCAGGCCAUCUCACAACGGGCAAACGAAAUAUACACCGGGACACACGACCAGGCCACUACGGCAGUGUCUUCCGUUCCUUAUGGUCAACCCCGCACCAUAUACCGCUACACCGUGAACACCAACAUU